GUCAAACGAGAGUUGAAUAAAUACAAAUAAUUAAUCUUUGGUACCUAUCAAAGAACAAGGACUACAGAUAAAAACUCAUUGAUAUGAAUCAUAUUAAACUGUACUUAGAUUUGCAAAAGCAUGGAGAAUUUAAUAAAAAUCAAUAAUCAAACAGCUGGAAGAGACAAAAUUGCUAGACUUCUGCAGUACCUGAGUAGAUUUUUAUGGCAUAGACUUCAACAGACCAACAAAGAUGGAGUUGUGGGACUCAAGAACUUGGAGUUUCAACUCAGCACCUUCCGAAAACUUCUUCGAUUUGGUAGAUUUGCUGAAAGCUUGUAUGCAACUUUACCACUUUUUGCUCAUGAAGAGUUACCUGUUAGAUUCACUGUUAUUCUCAGCAAGAUAGCAAAUUCAAUGUUUUUGCUAGCAGAUCAUAUACUAUGGUUAGGACGAGCUGAUAUUUGUGCAGUUGAUACUGCUAAAUGGGGACAAAUUUCUAACAAAUACUGGCUGUACUCUAUAACAAUGAAUUUAGUCAGAGAUUUCUAUGAAAUUUCCAUGUUAUUGAAGAGCCAGCAGAGCAAUAUAUUAUUGGAUAAUAGAAUAAAGAACUUCAGUGAUGUUUUGAGACUAUUAGCAAGAGCUUCUGCAAGUUUACAAUCCAAUGAAAGGGUAGUUAUUGAUACCAUCAAGAAUUGCUGUGAUUUUUUCAUUCCAUUGAAUGCACUUGGACAUGUGAAGUUGUCUCCAUCUACUAUAGGGCUACUUGGUACUAUUUCUUCAAUUGCUGGACUACUGGUUCUUUGGGAACCUUCAAGAAAACUAUCACCUUCAUAAGAAAAUUUGUAUUGUGAUGUAUUUUAGUAGGGUUGUGAAGUUACCAUUGUGUUUUUAUGGAUAAGGUUGAGGUAUGUGAUUCAUUAGGUAUUUUGUUAUACAUAUUUUAUAAGAAUUAAACCAACAAUAAUUACCUAGCCAAAUUACAAAUAGAUAUAUUGACAUUCUAGGACCCCCUACAUUAUGUAAAUGAAUCCAAAAAACAAUACAAAAAGUAAACAGAAUACUGGAAAAGCAAUCUUCAUACCUAGUUCCAAGCAGUAUAUUCUAUUGGCUUGUGUCUGAUAAUUAGCAUUACUCCUUGGAUUCAGAUAUUUCUUUCCCAAUUUUGAUAUACAAUCUACCAGGAACGUUUCCAGCAGAGAAAUGAAAGAGAAAAAUGUACACAGUCCUACAAAAAUGUCUAGGGCUUUGAAAUAUGGUACUGGUUGAAUAGUGCACAAGGAAGUGACAUACAAGUAUAAAGAAAUGCUGAAAGAAAACAGAUUUAUAUUCCAUCUUCUGUCAAUAUCCAUCCAACGAGAAAUAUAGCCUAGUAUGAGCAUUACAAUGCAGGGAAUUCCAGUACAGAGAAUGUAGUGGAUAGAGUUUCUUUUUAUGAUGAAUUUUACUGUUGCUAUGCUGAAGUUACCUAUAAAAUUGAUCAUUUGAAAGCCAUAGGGCAUGGAUUCAAUUUGAAUAUGAAUAAUUACCUGAUGGUCUUACUUCUAUGUCUAUAUCUUUUGUAACAUUCAAUAGCAUGAAUUCUGUAGUUCUUAUUUUAUCAGGAAUUUUCACUUGAGCUUCAUCCCAAAGUAAUGGAAUUUCAUCACUAGGAAAUCUAUCUGAAAAUAGAGGACGAUUUUGGUACUUACAGUAUUUAGGGGUCACUGAUGAACAGCAAUUGAAAACCAUUUUUCUACUAAUUUCUGCUGCAAAUUAUGUAUUGUUCCAUUUUCAGCUAUCUCUACUACACCAUCAGAAUAAUAUGGAUUCCAAAAACGAAAAUUAUACAAACACACCGUUUUAUAAAUGAUAUUUGAAUGAAUGAAUAACAAUUCACCUCACAAUAAUAGUCGCUAUUCGCCUGAAUUCUACGACAUUCUAGUUUUAUUUUUUGAACGUUUUAAACUGCCAUUUUGAAAAGCUAUCAGUAGUAUCUUUCAUAUCUUCAUGUUGGUAUCAAUGAUCAAGAACUCUUGCUGCUUGUGCCAACUGUCACAAUAUAUUGAAUGAAUAUAAUUUUGAACUGAGUAGUGAGAAGAAGAAAAUGUCGACGGAAAACUUCCUGUUCCUCCGAAAACAAAAAAUGAAAAUGUUUAAGUUUUUUGUGGGCACGCAUUAUUUGCAACAAAAAUUCAUUCAGAAAGGUGGAAUUCAUGUAAAUCGGCACAACCUCUUAUAGAUAAUACAGUACCCAUCAACAUGAAACAGUCAAAAACUGUUUUGUUGUUCAUAUUUCAAUGGGUUAGAAAUUGAAAUUCUUCUUGUGUAUAACUGAAACUGAGUGUAACAAAGAUUGGAUGUGGAUGC